CUUGUUGACUGGUAGUCAUGCAAAUGCUGUAGAAGUGAAGGAUCCAACCUAACCUAAUCUAGAAGACUCUUAUAGAUGCAUUUCAUCUAAGGUGUCACAAUGAAUGGGCACGAAAUCCUCACUCAGACUCAAAGUAGGUGUUCCGGAGAGCGUGUCGACUAGCUUGAGCAAUGGUGAGGAAGGGAAUGCUAAAUCGAAGACCGUUUCCCUCUGGAAACUGCUCAGACUCAUUUUUUGCGGGGCGGCGUCAUUUUCGCAGUACCGAUGAGGGAUGGGGUGGAGAAAACAGUUGAGUUGGUCUCUCUAUCGUUAGCGGAUAUGCGAGAAGAGAAAAGGAAAAACGAAAAACUUUCAAAGGAAAUGAUUGGAAUUCCUGUGAUGUUGAUGGUUGUUACUAAUAAAUUUUUAAGGGUGUUGAAGAUGUUAAUGUAGACAUGAAUAACGCAGAAGUAAUGACUGACUUUGUUUCCAAAUUAGACCAGCAAAUGUCCUCCAAGGACGUGGUGAAAAUAGACAGUGGACACUCGUAAGACAAGGCUGAAGAAGGACUCGUUUGGUUGACGGAGAAGGUGAUACUGUCAGACCACGUCUCUACGGUCAUCAUGAACGAUGGCAACAGGGACAACAGCACGCAAGUACAUGAAUCAAGAGAUUACAGCAUCGUUGUAGCCAUGAUCGUACCCGCGUUCGCAAAAGGCGGAUUACGAGAACGCUAUGUACUCCGUUAUUGUUGGAAAUUCGAUAAUAAGAAGAAAGUGGCCAAGAAAUAGAUUACUGGAAAGCAGAACGAGAGCAAGAAGAAUACUUCAUUUUUUGAGCAGUUAGUAAAGGAACUCCCCAAGUCAUUAUCGCGAGGUACGCCCCGGGCAGGAGGCAGAGAGAGACCACGACCGCGCGGGGGAGCGGUGGCGCAAGCGCCACCGGGCUCCCCGGUGGUGUGUCGUUGCUUGGUAGCACUCUCGGACACCAAGCAACGACACACAAAGAAAAAGAGAAGAGCCGUCGAAAGUGUUCGACGGUGUUCGGCUCGCGCGCGAAUGUAUGUAAGAGUGAGGAAGUAAGAGCAAGAGAGAAAAAAGCAAUCUGUUGAGAAGGUAGGAAAAGCAGUCUGUUGAGACAGUCAAGCGACGAAAAAAACAAGACGAGGAACGAGCGGCAAGGCAAUCUGUGGAGUGUAGCGGAGGGCCUUCUGUAGGCUGAGGCCAGUAGGUUAGUGAGGACCACGAUGGAGCUCUGGCAGCGCCGGCAGGACAGCCGAGAACGAGAAGAGGAGAGAAAGGCGAGAAAGGUGUUACAAACAAGAGCAAGCAGGAGCAAGAGAAAGACAGAGAAAGAGGAAGAGGGGCCAUCUGUUGAGGCGUCAGCACUCUGGUGAGACAGUGGAAAAAAGUGAGAACGAGGAAGAAGACGAGGAGAAGAAAGGGAGGACGAAGGCGCCGCAGGGGCUGCGACCUUGUGAGGCGUCUGGUCUGGCUGGUUAAAUAUUUAUUGGGCAUUUCGUUCAAAAAGGCCCGCAGGACUACCCAAACGCCCCGCGGGUUUACCGUUACGCGAGGGCGCCCAAUGUCUCACAUUUCUCGGCGGUUCCGUCCUCCCUGGCUCGUUUCGGGUGUGUGUUGCUCAGAAUUUGGCCCGGAGCACUAUCCAAACGCCCGACGGGUCUACCGUGGCGCGGGUGCCUUCAGUUUUUUACUUUUCGCGGCUGUUGCCGGUGUGUUGGUGUUCGGGUCGGGGGUGCCUGGGCGUGCCCCGACCAGAAUGGCCAAACAUGGGCGCCACUGUACCCGCGCCGGCUGUUAUUAUAGCCAGGGCGGGUGUCUGUAGUUCCUAGCCUUGGGGAAUUGGGUGCGGAGCAGUACCCAAAUGCCCGGCGGGUUUACCGUCGCGCGGGUGCCUCUGGGUCUUCCACGCCUCUCGGCUGUCGCGUAUUUGCUCGGUUGUUGUCUCCUUUGUAUGUGGUUCAGAACUUGACCCGGAGCACUAUCCAAACGCCCGACGGGUUUACCGUCGCGCGGGUGUGUCUGGUUUCUUCCAUUUCGGAGCAUUUUGAUGGUGGUGCAAAGAGAUCACCAAAAUGAUCCCGAUCAAGAUCGACGCAAGCGCCACAGAGAUCCGCAAAGACAAGGCCCCCAAAGGACUGAGAUCAAAAAAGUGGCGCACUUUGUUCAGAACUUGGCCCGGAGCACUAUCCAAACGCCCGACGGGUUUACCGUCGCGCGGGUGUCUUUGGUUUCUCGCAUUUCUGGGCAUUUUGAUAGUGGUGCAAAAAAGCACGAAAAUGAUCCCGAUCAAGAUCGGCGCACGCGCCACAGAGAUCCACAAAGAGAAGCCCCCCGCAAACCAAAGGACAGAGAUCAAAAAAAAAACGGUGCGCGUUGUUCAGAACUUGACCCGGAGCACUAUCCAAACGCCCGACGGGUUUACCGUCGCGCGGGUGUCUCUGUGGUCUCACAUUUCUGGGCACUUUGAUGGUGGUGCAAAGAAAUCAGCAAAAUGAUCCCGGCCCAGAUCGGCGCAAGCGCUACACGGGUCCACAAAGAAAAGCCCCCCGCAACAGGCCGAGACCAAAAAAAAAACGGCGUGCGCUGUUCAGAAGAACUCGACCCGGAGCACUAUCCAAACGCCCGACGGGUUUACCGUCGCGCGGGUGUGUCUGGUUUCUCGCAUUCCUGGGCAUGUUGAUGGUGGUGCAAAUCAGCAAAAUGAUCCCGGUCAAGGUCGGCGCAAUUAUCGCCACAGAGGCGCCCAAAGGACUGAGAGCAAAAAAAAAAAAACGGCGCGCGCUGUUCAGAAAUUGACCCGGAGCACCAUCCAAACGCCCGACGGGUUUACCGUCGCGCGGGUGUGUCUGGUUUCUCGCAUUUCUGAGCAUUUUGAUAGUGGUAAAAAUCACGAAAAUGAUCCCGAUCCAGAUCGGCACAGGCGCCACAGAGAGCCACAAAGGGAGGCGCCCGCAAAGGACUGAGGCCAAAAACACGGCGCGCGUUGUUCAGAACUUGACCCGGAGCACUAUCCAAACGCCCGACGGGUUUACCGUCGCGCGGGUGUGUCUGGUUUUUCUCAUUUCUGAGCAUUUUGAUAGUGGUGCAAAAAAUCACGAAAAUGAUCCCGAUCAAGAUCGGCGCACGCGCCACAGAGACCCACAAAGAGGAGCCCCCCGCAAAGGACAGAGAUCAAAAAAAAACGGCGCGCGCUGUUCAGAACUUGACCCGGAGCACUAUCCAAACGCCUGACGGGUCUACCGUCGCGCGGGUGUCUCUGGUUUCUCACAUUUCUGGGCACUUUGAUGGCGGUGCAAAGAAAUCAGCAAAAUGACUCCGAUCCAGAUCGGCGCAAGCGCUACACGGGUCCACAAAGAAAAGCCCCCCGCAACAGGCCGAGACCAAAAAAAAAAACGGCGUGCGUGGUUCUGAUGAACCCGACCCGGAGCACUAUCCAAACGCCUGACGGGUUUACCGUCGCGCGGGUGUGUCUGGUUUUCCCCAUUUCUGAGCAUUUUGAUGCUGGUACAAAUCACCAAAAUGAUCCCGAUCCAGAUCGACGCAGUCGCUACAGAGGCACCCAAAGGACUGAGAUCAAAAAAAAAAACGGCGCGCGAUGUUUAGAACUUGGCCCGGAGCAUUAUCCAAACGCCCGACGGGUUUACCGUCGCGCGGGUGUGUCUGGUUUCUCGCAUUUCUGAGCAUUUUGAUAGUGGUAAAAAUCACGAAAAUGAUCCCGAUCCAGAUCGGCGCAGGCGCCACAGAGAUCCACAAAGGAAGGCGCCCGCAAAGGACUGAGGCCAAAAAAACGGCGCGCGCUGUUCAGAACUUGACCCGGAGCACUAUCCAAACGCCCGACGGGUUUACCGUCGCGCGGGUGUGUCUGGUUUUUCUCGUUUCUGAGCAUUUUGAUAGUGGUGCAAAAAAUCACGAAAAUGAUCCCGAUCAAGAUCGGCGCACGCGCCACAGAGACCCACAAAGAGGAGCCCCCCGCAACGGACCGAGAUCCAAAAAAAACGGCGCGCGUUGUUCAGAUCCUGGCCCGGAGCACCAUCCAAACGCCCGACGGGUCUACCGUCGCGCGGGUGUCUCUGGUUUCUCACAUUUCUGGGCACUUUGAUGGUGGUGCAAAGAAAUCAGCAAAAUGACCCCGAUCCAGAUCGACGCAAGCGCCACAGAGAUCCACCACGCCAAUGACCCGAAGGAUAAGGAUCAACGAACUGACCAAGAUCGCCAGGCACAUGGUUACCGGAGCACCAUCCAAACGCCCGACGGGUUUACCGUCGCGCGGGUGUCUCUGCCCUCUGGCUUCUCCUCUCUUGUUGCUGUUGCAAAAGGUUACCGGAGCACUAUCCAACGCCCGACGGGUUUACCGUCGCGCGGGUGUCUCUGGCUUCUCCUCUCUCUUGUAUGUUGUUCCAAAUCCUUCAGCACAGUCCAGGACAAACGCCACCGGAAAGAUCUCAAGGAAACCCAUAGACCUAAACGCAUAGGGUUCCAAAAUCAACGAUCAACAGACAAACGGCCGUCAGCGUAUUCAGAUAGCAGAGAUAACGAAUGUUCAUAGCUGUAACCAGGUCCGUCCCCGAAGCGAUCCGCUCUGAUCAUUUCCAAAUGCAUAAAGACCGUCGUAAGGUAUUAUCGUGAUAGGUCUCGCGUGGUGUGAUCUGAUGUAUAUCCAUCACUAAGGCCAAUCAGGAUCCAGAUGGGUAACGAUAGAGCACAGUGAUGACCGUAGGAGAUUCAUGGGGGUAGCGUGGGCUCUUUCAUAUGAGCACGCGAAGCUUUCCCCGUCAUGAUAUCCCAAAGAAGAGGCUGGGGCUUCGCCUUUGCAACCCCGAUGAAUACCCACAGGGAUCAAACCCGCCAGAGCUCAUCAGCCUCAGGCCGUGACUGUCGUUGGGAAGAGUCGGGAAAAUUUGGAGGAAGCUGGAAAAAGUUGCAAAAAGGUGGGAAAAGCUGGGAAAAGUUGGAAAAAGCUGGAAAAAGCUGGAAAAAGCUGGAAAAAGUUGGGAAAAGUUGGGAAAAGUUGGAAAAAGCUGGAAGAAGCUGGGGAAAGCUGGGGAAACGGGAAGAGUGGGGGAAAGCUGGAAGGAGUUAAGGAAAGCAGGGAGGAGUUAGGGAAAGCUGGAAGAAGCUGGGGAAAGUUGGGAAAAGUGGGGGAAAGCUGGAAGAAGUUCAGGAAAGCUGGAAGGAGUUAGGGAAAGCUGGGAGGAGCUGGGGGAAGCUGUAAGAAGUUAGGGGAAGCUGGAAGAAUCUUGUGUCCGUGCUGUGUUUCCGUUGUGGUUGGCCUCGGCCUUUGUUGUUCUGCUUGUGUCGUACGGUGCUGUUUACGUGCCGUUUGUGGUUGUGUGUUUUCUUGCCGUUUAUGGUUAUCGCUUAGGGGUUUGCUGUGUUCUUCGUCUGUGCCGUUUGUCAUUCUGUCUUUUCGUGGUGCUUGUUGUCCUCGCUGUGUCGUGCUUGUGCCAUUCGUGUGCAUUGCUUUGUUACUGGUGUCCUCAUUGUGUCUUUUAUUGCGCUGCGCUUUGCUUUUUUUUGUGCUGUGCUUUGCUUUUUUUUUGUGCUGUGCUUUGCUUUUUUUUUGUGCUGUGCUUUGCUUUUUUUUCGUGCUGUGCUUUACUUUUUUUUCGUGCUGUGCUUUGCUUUUUUUUCGUGCUGUGCUUUGCUUUUUUUUCGUGCUGUGCUUUGCUUUUUUUUCGUGCUGUGCUUUGCUUUUUUUUCAUGCUGUGCUUUGCUUUUUUUUCGUGCUGUGCUGCAGUUUUUUUUUUUGGCCCAAAAUGUUUAGUUUAGAUAUAUAUGCAACACUUCCACUGAAGACCCAACUUAUCUGAAACCGAUUAUGUAGGGGGUGAAGGCGCGCCACUUGUUGUAGGGGGUGAAGGCACGGGUCGGGAAGUGAAGAAUGUAUACCUUCAGGCAGCGCUCUACUCGUGGACUAAAAAGCGAUGUGCUUCUUCUACUGGACUGAAGCCUAAAGGUAUACUUACUCGUGGACUAAAAAGCGAUCUGCUUCUUCUACUUAACUGUGUGUGAGUGACGGCACUUAGAAUUUUGUAGUUAGAAUUUUCAAAAAUGAACUAUGCAACCAAAUAAAUAAGGCGCGAUGGAUAGCCUGGAUUGACAAUUUUCAAUUGCCCUACAUCUACCUAAAUUAGCGGGCAUAUCUUUAGGGAAAUAUAUAUUCUACUAAGCAACAAUCUACUAGCAGCGGAACGAUGAUGAAAAUGUAUGAUUUUUGGCACUAAUGCCUAGCUGCUAACCAUGCACUUCUGUGACAUUGCUACAACGUUGCGAUGCCUGUAACUUCUCGCGAACAAAGCGAUUGAAAAAUGUUUGCAGCUUUGAAGAAU